AGGCUGCAGGACCAUCGCUGUGUCUCCGUCUUCUCUCGAGUCUCCGGGACAAAGCUCGGAUUCAAACUGCUCGUCCAUGAGUCGCAGAGGGGACAGAGAUGAGGACAGUGAGGAGGACCGGGACGAGGACCGCCCGGGGACCCGCUCCGUGGCGUACGUCCACAGUCCCCAGUACAUCGAGACCUGCGACACUUUGUCCAAAGUCCCGCACCGGGCGAGCAUGGUGCAUUCCCUGAUCGAAGCCUACGGGCUGCUGAGACACAUGAGUGUGGUGAAGCCUCGUGUUGCCACCAUCGAGGAAAUGGCCAAGUUCCACACGGACUCGUACCUGGAGCAUCUUCAUAAGAUCAGCCAGGACGGAGACAACGACGACCCCCAGUCAGUGGACUACGGCCUGGGUUACGACUGUCCCGUGGUGGAGGGGAUAUUCGACUACGCGGCGUCAAUAGGGGGCGCUACACUCACCGCAGCUCAGUGUCUGCUGGACCAAAAGUGUGAGGUGGCCAUCAACUGGGCCGGGGGCUGGCACCACGCGAAGAAGGACGAGGCGUCGGGUUUCUGCUACGUGAACGACGCCGUGUUGGGAAUCCUCAAACUGAGGGAGAAGUAUGAGCGAGUGCUUUACGUGGACGUUGACCUGCAUCACGGAGAUGGUGUGGAAGACGCCUUCAGCUUCACCUCCAAAGUCAUGACCGUCUCGCUGCACAAGUUCUCCCCUGGAUUCUUCCCAGGUACAGGAGACAUGUGUGACACGGGGCUGGGGAAAGGACGCUGGUACGCCGUGAACGUCCCCCUGGAGGACGGCAUCAAGGACGACAGAUACUACCAGAUCUUUACCAGUGUGAUGCAGGAGGUGCGGGCGCAGUUCAACCCGGAGGCCGUGGUGAUGCAGCUCGGCGCCGACACCAUGGCGGGCGACCCCAUGUGCUCCUUCAACAUGACGCCGGUGGGGGUGGGCAAGUGUCUCCAGUACGUCCUGCAGUGGCAGCUCCCAACUCUGCUGCUGGGAGGAGGAGGUUAUAACCUGGCGAACACGGCUCGCUGCUGGACCUAUCUGACCGCCGCGGUUCUGGGAAAGACCCUUUCCUCCGAGAUACCAGACCACGAGUUUUUUACCAAAUACGGACCCGACUACUCGCUGGAGAUCAGCCCGAGCUGCCGACCGGACCGGAACGACACCAAACACCUGGACCAGGUCCUCGGCACCAUCAGAGGGAAUUUAAAGAAUGUGGUUUAGGAGCCGGCGGACUCGGCCUCCUCUACAAACACACACACACACCAUCACACAUUCAGACACACAAACACACACCAUGUUUCCAACCCAGGUCGACGCUCGGUGGCUCUAAUGAAGACAACAUGGAGCGGACCCCUUCGGCCCCCGAGGCGACGGAGGGAUGGAGGCAGCGAGAGGAAAACAUGAGCCGAGUGUUUCCAGAGGA